AUUAUCAAACAAAAUUUUGAAGAGAAAGCAACUCGAAAGUAGAGUGUGUUUUUAGUGCGCAAGCCACAUUCGGUGGAUAAAGAAAAAAGCGAAAAAGAACAAUUGAAUCAAUUGCGAGAAAGAGACGAAACUCAUAAAUAUUUAAAGAACAUUGCCCCGUGAAAAUAUAAAUAGUGUGAAUAAACAGUGAACAAUACCAACAAUUGCACAUUGCCUCUGCAUUUUGCACUUUUCCACUUGGAUUUUUGGACUUUUACGGUUUCCCAGACAAUCGCAUACAUUUGAGCUGAGAGAUGGGUAAAGACUUCUACAAGAUUCUGGGCAUCGACCGCAAGGCCAGCGACGAUGAGAUCAAGAAGGCCUACCGCAAACUGGCACUCAAAUACCAUCCCGACAAGAACAAGAGCCCGCAGGCGGAGGAGCGCUUCAAGGAGAUCGCCGAGGCGUACGAGGUGCUGUCGGACAAAAAGAAGCGCGACAUCUUCGACAAACACGGUGAGGAUGGACUGAAGGGCGGACAGCCGGGACCAGAUGGCGGCGUUCAGCCGGGAGCGUACACUUACCAGUUCCACGGCGAUCCGAGGGCCACCUUUGCCCAGUUCUUUGGAUCGUCGAAUCCGUUUGAAGCCUUCUUUACCGGCGGCGAUAACAUGUUUGCUGGUCAGGGUCAGGGCGGCAAUACCAACGAGAUCUUCAUGAACAUUGGCGGCGACGAUAUGUUUGCCUCCUUCCCUGGCAAUCCUAUGGCUGGAGCCUUCCGUUCGCAGUCAUUCAAUGCACAGGCACCCAGUCGAAAGCGCCAGCAGCAACAGGAUCCGCCCAUCGAGCAUGAUCUGUACGUGUCGCUAGAGGAAGUGGACAAGGGAUGUAUAAAGAAGAUGAAAAUCUCACGCAUGGCCACCGGAAGCAAUGGACCGUUCAAGGAGGAGAAGGUGCUGAGAAUCACAGUGAAGCCAGGCUGGAAGGCCGGCACCAAGAUUACCUUCGCCCAAGAGGGUGAUUCGGCGCCAAACAAGACGCCAGCCGACAUCGUCUUCAUCAUACGCGACAAACCGCAUGCGCUGUUCAAACGCGAGGGCAUCGAUCUAAAGUACACAGCCCAGAUCAGUCUGAAGCAGGCCUUGUGCGGAGCACUGGUCAGUGUGCCCACGCUGCAGGGCAGCAGGAUACAGGUGAACCCGAACCACGAGAUCAUCAAGCCCACCACAACGCGCCGGAUCAACGGACUGGGUCUGCCCGUGCCCAAGGAGCCAUCGAGGCGCGGCGAUCUGAUCGUGUCCUUCGACAUCAAGUUUCCCGACGCACUGGCACCCAGCCUGCAGAAUCAGCUGUCCGAGCUGCUGCCCAACUAGGCAGACACAUACACUCACAAACACACACACACACACACACACACACACACAUAUAAUUGUUAUCACUUUAGUUAAGGCCUAUAUUUAGUUUACCGUACGUACUCGUAAGACACCUUAGCCUAACCAAUUGUAGCCCCAAGUUAGUGAGUGUGCCAAGCGAACAGCUGUAGAUAUUGGCCGAGGAUGCAAGCGUUGGAAAAGAUUAGGAAAGAGAACAACACACACACACUUACACAAACAGCAGCCCGUGUAACCCGUUUCGUGUUGGAGACUGAUCGACUAUUAGCUAUUUAACAUUACCCUAGUAUACACAAAUUCCAUAACUUGUUUUGUUUACCGCCACAUGGAUCGGUGCCUCAACAUCUUAUAUUUAAUAGUCCAAAAACAAACUAUGAAAUAAAAGAGGUAUUAUAAAUUUAAAGUAA